CCGGGGGGGCGCGGAAAAAGGGGAGGGCAGGGGCGGACCGAGGGGCGGGCAGAGGAUGCGGCCGCACUUCAGGGGCCAUCCAGGACACUGGCCCAGUCCCAGGAGCCCGCUCAGGCUCGCCGGCCAUGGGGCCGCGGCUCCUGGCGCUCCGGUUGCUGCUGGCGCUGCUGCUGCUGCAGCCUUUGCCCCGAGUGCUGUACGGGGCGCGCUGCCCCGAGCCCUGCACCUGCGCGCCCGACGGCGCCCUGCGCUGCCGCGGCCCCGGGCCCGGCCUCACUCGACUAUCACUCACCUAUCUCCCUGUCAAAGUAAUUCCAUCUCAAGCUUUCAGAGGACUUAAUGAGGUCAUAAAAAUUGAAAUCUCUCAGAGUGAUUCCCUGGAAAGGAUAGAAGCUAAUGCCUUUGACAACCUCCUCAAUUUGUCUGAAAUACUGAUCCAGAACACCAAAAACCUGGUAUACAUCGAGCCUGGAGCAUUUACAAAUCUCCCCCGGUUAAAAUACCUGAGCAUCUGUAACACAGGCAUUCGCGAGCUUCCAGAUGUUACGAAGAUCUUCUCGUCGGAAUUUAAUUUCAUUCUGGAAAUUUGUGAUAACUUACACAUAACCACCAUUCCAGGAAAUGCUUUUCAAGGGAUGAAUAACGAAUCCGUAACACUCAAACUCUACGGAAAUGGAUUUGAAGAAGUACAGAGUCACGCGUUCAAUGGGACGACGCUAAUUUCACUGGAGCUGAAGGAAAACGCACGCCUGGAGAAGAUGCACAAUGGAGCCUUCCAGGGAGCCACGGGGCCCAGCAUUUUGGAUAUUUCCUCCACCAAAUUGCAGGCCCUGCCAAGCUACGGGCUGGAGUCCAUUCAGACGCUAAUUGCCACGGCAUCCUACUCCCUCAAAAAACUGCCAUCCAGAGAAAAAUUUACCAAUCUCCUGGAUGCCACGUUGACUUACCCCAGCCACUGCUGUGCUUUUAGAAACCUGCCAACAAAAGAACAGAAUUUUUCGUUUUCCAUUUUUGAAAACUUUUCCCAACAAUGUGAAAGCACAGUGAGGAAAUCAAAUAAUGAAACUCUUUAUUCUGCCAUCUUUGCUGACAGCGAGCUGAGUGGCUGGGACUAUGAUUAUGGUUUCUGCUCACCCAAAACCCUCCGAUGUGCUCCUGAACCAGAUGCAUUCAACCCCUGUGAAGACAUCAUGGGAUAUGACUUCCUUAGGGUGCUGAUUUGGCUGAUUAACAUUCUAGCCAUCACGGGAAACAUGACUGUCCUUUUAGUGCUCCUGACCAGUCGCUACAAACUCACGGUGCCCCGCUUUCUCAUGUGUAAUCUCUCCUUUGCAGACUUUUGCAUGGGACUCUAUCUGCUGCUCAUUGCUUCAGUUGAUUCCCAAACCAAAGGCCAAUACCAUAACCAUGCCAUAGACUGGCAGACAGGGAGUGGGUGCAGUGCUGCCGGCUUUUUCACUGUAUUUGCAAGUGAGCUUUCUGUCUACACCCUCACAGUCAUCACUCUGGAAAGGUGGCACACCAUCACCUAUGCUAUUCAGCUGGACCAAAAGCUGCGGCUGAGACACGCCGUCCCCAUUAUGCUCGCAGGAUGGCUCUUUUCUACUCUCAUCGCUAUAUUGCCCCUCGUGGGUGUCAGCAAUUACAGGAAGGUCAGCAUUUGCCUCCCCAUGGAUGUGGAAACCACUCUCUCCCAAGUCUACAUAUUAACCAUCCUGAUACUUAAUGUGGUAGCCUUCAUCAUCAUCUGUGCUUGCUACAUUAAAAUUUAUUUUGCAGUUCAAAAUCCAGAGCUGAUGGCUACCAACAAAGACACAAAGAUUGCUAAGAAAAUGGCGAUCCUCAUCUUCACCGAUUUCACCUGUAUGGCACCCAUCUCUUUUUUUGCCAUCUCAGCUGCCUUCAAAGUGCCCCUCAUCACAGUAACCAACUCUAAAGUUUUACUUGUCCUUUUUUAUCCUGUCAAUUCUUGUGCCAAUCCAUUUCUGUAUGCAAUUUUCACAAAGGCAUUCCGAAGGGAUUUCUUUCUGUUGCUGAGCAAAUUUGGCUGCUGUAAACAUCGGGCUGAACUUUAUAGAAGGAAGGAUGCUUCAGCUUACACCUCUAACUGCAAAAAUGGCUUUGCUGGGUCAAAUAAGCCUGUGCAGUCCACCUUGAGGCUGUCCACAUUGCAGUCUCAAUAUAUGGCAGCACUGGAUAAGCCUUGUUACAAAGACUGUUAACUGUUCUAUGAGUAACUGCAUUAUUGAAUUGUACCAAAAUAUGUUUUAAAAAAGUCAUUUUAAUAUAAAGGGUUGGUUUGAGGAAAUUAUGUAGACACAUGAGGUAAGAGACUCCUACCUAGUUCAAUGACUGAAUAACCAUUGCCAGUCUGAAAGCUAUUUGUCACGGGUAUAGAUGACAUAAAAUAUAGGAGUGUUUAGAAAUUUUCAUAGUAAUUUUGACAGCAUAAUUUUAUGUCUUGUUGAAUCUAAUAAGAAAAAUUGAGGUGGUAUUUUGCAUGUCUUUGGUUUUUUUCAUUUCAUUUUGUAGCAAUUUUUACUGCAUUCUACGAAAGUAUUGGUUCCUUGCAGAUAGAAAUUAUAAAACAUAUAGUUUGUGAGACGCACUGUCCGGUCUGGGCACCACUAGCCACACACAUGACUAAAUAAAAUAUAGGUUUGCUGUUGCACAUUUCAAGGAUUUUGUAGCCAUAUAUGACUAGUGGUUACCAUGUAGGCCAGCAUAGACCCAAAAUAUAUCAUCACACAGAGUUCUAUUUGGACAGCACUGCACUGGGAAUUUUUAUCUAUUCUCUAUCUAGAUUCUAUUUAAAAUUUAAUGUAAGGUAAACAUCCAAAUGCAUAUUUCAGCCUAUUUGCUGGAUUUGGUGUUCAGCCUGUGAAGAGUAAUGAAACAUUAAAUUAUAUAUUGUAAACUUUUCACGGGUAGGAGCCCUGUCUCUGUUCAUUUUGCUUCCCUUUCUAUUACCUCAGGAUCUUGGCAAUGGUAACUAACAAAUGCGCUGAAAAACUCUGAAAUUAUGAAGUCUAUAAGAAAAAAACUUUUAUAGGGCUGUAUCUUUUUAUUUAAGUGAAAGACAGUAUUUAAAUAUUUAAAAUUAACUUUCAUAAUUUCUAUCAUUUGGCAGGUAUUGAAAAAUACAUUUAAUAUUUAUUAGAAAGUAUUUUCACUUUUUAGAAUCGGCUCUUACAACAAAACUAUAGAUUUAGUUGCAAUGUUUUUGUACACUUUAUAGUUUAUUAAAACUCACCAUAUGUUAAAUAUCUUUAUAUUUUGUAUAAUUUGAACCAUUUAAUCUUCAUAAAGCUUUAUUAUAGAUAUUAUCCAUCUUAUGUGAGUAAAAUCUAUUAUAAUUUGCUAUUAUAAUUUGCUGAAGCUCUCAAAACUAAUGAAAGCUUCAACUAGUAGUAUUCAGACUCAAAGCUCUAAGACUCCAGUAUCUUAAUGAGUGUCUUACUGACUCCCAUGUUUAUAAGUAAUAGCCAUCCAAGUGUUUAAUAAUCAUUCAGAUUUCCUUAAAUUUUCACCAACAUUUUAUGAUCAUUUUUUAAAGGUUUAUUUGAAAGAGAGACAGAUCUUUCAUCCACUGGUUCACUCCCCCAGUGGCCUCAACAUCCUUAGCUGAGCCAGGUCAAAGCCAGGAGCUCCAAAUGGAUCUCCCAUGGGUGUAGCAGAGGCCAGAGCACUUGAGCCAUCUUCCACUGUUUUUCUCAGGCCAUUAGGAGGGAGCUGGUCAGAAGUGGAGCAGCUGGAACACGAACCUGUGCCUAAAUGGAAUGCCAGCAUCACCAGCGACUUUACCCCAACAAUUUGUAAUGUACCAAAAAAUUAAAAUAAUUGUAUUGUGGGGCCAGCAUUGUGCACAGUAUGUUAAGUCACUGCUUACAACACUGCAUCCCAAAUGAAGUGCUGAUUCGAGUCCUGUCUGCUCCACUUCUGAUCCAGCUUACUAAUUCAUCUGGGAAGGCACUGUGAAUGACAGCCCAAGUGCUUGGAUCCCUUCCACCCAUGUGGGAGAUCUAGAUGUAAUUCCUGACUCCUGGCUUUGGCCUGGCCCAGCCCUGGCUGUUGUGGACCUUUGGUAAGUGAACCACCAGACAGAAGAUCUUUCUCUCCUUCCCUCUGUCUCUGUGCCUUGCUCUCAUUUUCUCUGCCUUUGAAAUAAAAAAUCUAGUAUACUA